UUUCAUCAGUAUGAAAAGAAUCGGUGGACCUCUGUCCGUUACACACUCUCUUUUCCAACAACUGAAACUCCUCUGUUAAAUACACUAUCAUCCCUUGGGAGGUCGUCCAUAAAGUAGUUUUCCAUCAUUCACACAUUUCAUUCUUCCCCUACAGUCUGAAUCCCCAUUUUUGAAACAUAUAAACCUUCUUCUGGGUCUGAAAUUUUCUCAAUGGCGUCGAAAAGAAUAUUGAAGGAGCUCAAGGACUUGCAGAGAGAUCCCCCAACUUCAUGCAGUGCAGGUCCUGUGGCUGAGGACAUGUUCCACUGGCAAGCAACCAUCAUGGGUCCAAAUGAUAGUCCCUACGCUGGUGGUGUUUUCCUUGUGACUAUCCAUUUCCCACCUGAUUAUCCAUUUAAACCCCCCAAGGUUGCCUUCAGGACCAGGGUUUUCCAUCCAAACAUAAAUAGCAAUGGCAAUAUCUGCUUGGACAUACUCAAAGAACAAUGGAGUCCCGCCCUCACCAUAUCUAAGGUUUUACUCUCCAUAUGUUCACUGCUAACGGACCCAAACCCUGAUGAUCCUCUUGUUCCCGAGAUUGCUCAUAUGUGCAAAGCCGACAAAUUCAAGUACGAAUCCACAGCUCGGAGCUGGACCCAGAAGUAUGCCAUGGGCUGAACUAGGUACAUUAACAAACCAAAAGAAGUUUAUUAAUAAAGAAAGUUCUGAGGCUGUAAGUUCUGAUAUAAGUGCCUCUUUGCUUGCGGUUCUCUUAUCUGGCUCUGUGGUUGCAACUUCCAAGGUCUUGUUUACUAAGCUUAGCUUAUUGAAUAAUUGAAUGAUUGAAAGAGAUGGGAUGAACUUAUUUCAACUUUCUGCUCAUUCAAAAAAGUGGGGUAAGGUGAAACUCCUGAGGCAAACCUCUUAAAUGAAUACAUCAGUUAUGUUUCUGCUUUGCCUAGAAAGACUGGCAUGAAAAACCCGAAUAAACUCACGUUGCCUUUGGUA